AUGGGGAGAGCCAGACUCAGAGAAACCGAGAGAGACGCUGGCUAUUGUUGCCUUUUCAUCGAAAACCUGGAAGGGGCAGCUCUCGAGUGGUUUUCCUGCCUUAAGCAGAACUCAAUCGGAACUUUUCGCCAGCUCGCAUCAGAGUUUGUCAAACACUACUCUAUGUUCAUAGAUAGAGAAACCUCCGACGUCGACCUCUGGAGCCUUUCCCGAAGGGAAGACGAGCCUCUCCGUGAUUUCAUAAGCAGGUUCAAGCUAGUCAUGUCCAGGGUCAGCAGAAUUAGCGACAAGGAUGCUUUUCACAAAGCAACCGACUACAUCAUCAUCGAAGAAGAGACGAGAGUCCUGUCGCAAAAACCUAAGCCGACGAAAUCGUCUUCGAAGGACGCAGACCAAAAGCCCAAGAAGAAAAGCUCUCGUAACGACAAGUACGUCCAUCAUGAGGGAGAAGAACUCCAGGGAGCGCAUAACUACGCGAUCAACUCAGAGCAGGGUAGGACUUCAGGCAAUACAUGGACCCGAAACCCCAACUACUACGAGAACACCUACUGCGAGUUCCAUCAGACCCGAGGACACGCCACAAUCAACUGUACAGUCCUUGGUGCAAGAUUGGCGGCGAAGCUACUCUCCGGGGAACUCUCCGAAAUCACUAGGGUCAAGGAUCUCAUCCGUGAGACGGAUCGUCCCCCAAAGACUGACAAAAUUUCACCCCCGGAAGCUCCUCCUCAGGGAAACCAAUCGGGAGAUAAGCGCGGAACGAGUGCAAUCAUCUUCGAGGAGGAAAAAACUGGCGGGAUAGACCAGCCUCACUGUGAUCCACUCGUCAAAGACCUUGUCAUCCGAGACCUUGAAGUCGCCAGAAUCCUUGUGGACACCGGAAGCACGGUUAAUGUCAUCUUCCGCGACACCCUUAAGAGGAUGAACAUCGAGCUCGGCGAAGUCGUACUGAUACCGAAACCACUAACUGGUUUCUCAGGCACGACAUCAAUGACCCUCGGGUCAAUCAAGCUUCCAGUCAUGGCGAAAGAGGUAACGAAGAUAGUCGACUUUGCAGUGGUCGAUCAUCCAGCCAUCUACAACAUCAUCGUGGGAACUCAUUGGCUCAACGCUAUGAAGGCAGUCCCACCUACCUAUCACUUGGGCGUCAAAUUCCCAACCUAG